AUGGUUUUACUCUAUCAAGUAAUCUAUUCCUUUCAAUCUUACAAUCGUUCUCCGCUACCUUCCUUCACGAUGGCCAAAUGUGGACGAGGUAUACAAAUGACGCUUUCUUGGGUUCCCGAGCGAGAUGGAAGGGUGCCUCCUCAUGCAGUGGACGCGGGAAAUGGUGUCUUCGUUUGUAGAGCAAUGUUCGAGGGUUUAUGGAUCCCUGGUAAACUUGUUGCCGCUAAUGGCAAGGCCUACAUACCGCACGGUGGUAAAGAGCACGAGCUAAAAACGUACGAAGUGCUGUGUAACUCUGAACGGAGAAAUGAACAUUGUUUUCAGUGGGAGAAGUACAGAUCAGGAGAAGUCCCCAAGAACGCGCUUGUAGCAGGCACUGAUACUGACGGAAGCCCGCUUUAUGUGGUCCGUGGUCAUGUUGACAAUGAAGUCGUGGUUGGAAAGAUGAAUGAAAACUACGGUAAAGCCUACUUCCCACAUGGAGGCGAAGAAAAGGAAGAGAAACAUCAUUUUGAAUUACUUAUUUGGAAAAAGAGCUAAAACGAAAAACAAUUAAGUCUGAGAAGGCAGUUUUAAAUUUCCAUCACCGUUUUAUCUCUAGCCUCAUGUCUCUAAAUGAACUAUAGAAUAAAAAGUAUAGUUGUCCAAUGUCCUGAAUUUGAACUACGUUUGACGAAUGAGUGAUAUUUUGUUGACGUAUCGACGGUAGUGAUACCAUAGUACGUGUGAGUCAUAAUGUGAUAGAGUUCAAUGCGAA